CCUCCACGGUCUUGGUAAACAGUCGCUGCAAAGCGGCCAACGUUCAGUCCUCACUCAGCAGUGUUCAGUCGUGCAACACAGCACGCGCUCGUUAAAGUACGAUCUAAAUUAGGUCCGCGCCAGACAAUACAUUCAGUUUUGUGAUAGUGAUGCUGCAGUGUGUACACGCCUUUAUAUUGUGACCGUAAUGCUAAUUGUGAGGACGAUAAAUAGAUUAAGAAUGAACAGUGUCGAGCUGUGGCUGUGCGCGGCGACUCUACAGCUUCUGUUGCUGACUGGGGGCUGCCAGAAACAUCAUCGACGCGCAGCAUCUCAUGGAGCACUACCAGUUUCGAAAAGCGGUUGGAGACCAGUAGUGAGCUCUAACGGUCUCGUAUACGGAUCAUUUGGCACCGCUCCACUUCACGCGCCACAGUACAAGCUGCCCGUAUAUGACUUGUACCCUUCAUCGGCACGUCCGGUUGCUACAAGAGACGCCGCCAAACUAACAUCGAUCGCGCAGUCCUACCGACCGACUACCCACAGGACGGUUUCGGCGCCACCCGCCGCUCCUGGCAACCAACCAAUAAACUCCUACCUCAAUCCUUUCGCCCUACCGAACAACGGGCUAUCACAUUUCAAAUACUUCCAAACUUACCCCUUAGAUAGUUACGUCGUAAGGAACUCACAUAAUCAGUUCGCACAGCGUCCCCAACAGAAACACCCGAAUAAACAUAAGCAGCCUACAAAUAACAAUCUCUUGCAGCAGUUGACAAGUAUCCAGCCGAUACACUUCGGCCAGUAUCAAACGCAGAAACCAUUAGACUUGUACUCGAACCCAAUAGAUUCGUACGGAAGGCCAAUAGAAGGCGGCAAGAGGCCACAGACUGUCACCGAAAUCUACAAGCCCGAAGUAUACCAACUGCCGGAUACUACGAGCCAGCAACAGGAGGUGAAGACCGCGCAACAGCAGACGUUCUCCGGGUACCACAGUAUUAGCCCGCUCGCCAACUAUGCUUUCCAGGACAGCGCCCUGCCAUCAAGCUUAUUAGGAUCUUUCGGAUCUUUUGGCGUGCAAUCAGUUAAAGCAAGGGAACCCGCUUAUCCAACUACAAAAUCAUACGUAUCACCUCAGCCAACUAAACAGACCAUAUUCAACUCGUUCAGCUACACGUCAAAUAACAAUUUCAAAUCUACUCCGAGCCUAUUCUCGGUCACUACACCGAAACUACAGACGAUACAAAACCAAUACCAAUUCGGCACGACUGUUAACGAUUUCAGAAAUAUACCAACGCCACAAACCAAAGUUUCCAACCAUCCAAAGAUAGACCCAAAUGCGAACGGCAAAGGAAUAUUCAAACCAAGCCCCCAGGAUCCCUUUAUAAAACCGUACCAAAGUUUAGAUUUCAACAAAAUAACAACAUACAACCCUGUAAGUCAGACGACGACGCUGCCGAAUAGUUUCUACUAUACCACACAACAUAAUGUACCAAUUCAUAACAAUCAAAAUCAACAAAAUGCACAAAUACAAAACUACCAAAGUCAACAAAAUCUAAACUACAAAUAUGAAAAUAAAAAGAAUAUUAUUCACGAUAACAUAGCCGCUGGUGUAAAUCAGCAAAAUGCACAGAAAUACGCCGAUCCGCCAAAAACACAGCUUCAAGAGACUCCCUCUAAAAUAUCUAAUCAAGGUCAUUAUGAAGUCACUGAAAAUCACGAAGACAUCAUUACUCACUCAUCUCCGUGGAUGUCGUCACCUGAAACAAAUCGAAACAAUCUAAAGGCGAGUGAAGAAUCAGCACUUAAGCAAGAAACCUUCGAUGCAGUUUUCCGUCAGACGACUACGACGCCCUAUCCUGAUGUCACUGACGAAUUCGUCAUCGUCACCGAAAGCGAGAAAGGCUAUGAAAACUCUUUGAGCUACGACGGUCAAGUCGAAACACAAAGUAGAAAGCCAUCGGAGGAUGAAUUCGAGCCGAUUAACAGGAAUAAACUAAAAGACUACUACUACAAAGUAUCCACACCUUCGUACGGUGAUCAUACGUACGCUAGACGAACAAAGAAACCAACCGAAGCGUCUAAACUGGUCCAACCUGAUGUAACCACUAGUCAAAGCACUAACAAUGACAUUAAUGUACCAAUAGAGGCUCUACCGACGCUGCCUCCGAAUAAACACUUCAAACGUCCGAGCACUCCUGAACCAUUGGACAAAGAUAGGAUACGUAAAAGGAAUAAAAUACGUAGACGCCGUCCUGGCUUCGCUAAUGGCAAUCGUAACAACCAAAACAAGGAAGAAACUACCACUCGUAGAUAUGAACAACCGUCGUCUGAACCGACGCUAACCACCACAGUUACAGAAGAAGUUUAUACAAUAAGACCUCGAGUCAGACCAUCUAAACAAGAGCAAGGUCAAACAACACCGAGUGUGACCACAGAUUUAACAACAAGCGCCUUGCCCACCAUAUCGCCAACUGUACCGUCUGUUGUAAGAAGGAAGAUCGCUUACCGGCGACCACUGACCACGCCAGCUGAAAAAUUUGAAACAACAACAGUUGCAUACCGAGAACCUGAUACAGUCAAAGAAUCACCGAUUAUGAAGAUAUCGUCCCGACCCCAAUUAAUGAAAUUAACGUCAAGUAUUUAUGAAUAUAAAUCCAGCGAGGUGCCGGACUACACUCACAAGCAGGACGAGAAAGAUACGCCCACCAGCGAUGUAUCUGUCAGCUUAACUGACUCACUCAAGAGUUCAGAUGAAAUACAUAAGGAAUUUUCAUUCCAUAGAGAUGUUAAACCUGUUGAAAUCAAAGAAACCACCACGGAUGUAUUAAAAGAGAACAACGACUUUGCUUUCGAUGCAACCACAACAGCCCGACCAGAAACUACGACACGAACAGUAGGGAAAAGGUUAAGACCAAAGAACAAACUUGAUCGACCCAAGUUUAACGUUAAAGACUACAGGAAUAGACUUAGCAGUACUACUAGCACUACAGAAAAAACUGUUGAAAAUACGCCUAGGUUAAGAUACGCUCAAAGAAAAGUUCCAUACACGGAAAACUUGAGUAACGAUAACGAUAAUGCCACAGAUAGAAAACGAUUCACACCCAAAGAUCCUAGGCACAGACAUAAUAGAACUGAAAAUAACGAGCAGCUAGAAAGAGAGAUACAUUCCACACGCCAGGCAGGUAGACAGAGACAGACCACUAUUGAAAGUGAAUCCACAACACAAAAAAUAUCAUCACGAAUUCGAAACGGUUCGCGAAGACCUCGCCCUACGGAAGACACUACUGAAACGUCCAGUACCUCAGCUUACAGCAGAAGACCUUUACGUAAAAAGAUUAAAGAUUCAGAGACGGGGGAAUCCGUACAAGAUAUUAGUGUAACAGAUGCCUCGCUUAGUGAUGUAAAGAGUGAAAUAACAUCAGAAAGGUCUCGUUCAGAGAGCGCUAUCAUGAAAAUAGCAGAUAAAAAACACCAAGAUCAUAUAGAACAUUUGUUUGAACAAUCGAAACGCGUUUCCGAUUUAACAUUAGCGGCCAGUAAGGAUUACAGCAAUCCAGGAAUGUUCAAAACUGUAUCAGGUAGCAGUAGAAGAAUACCUAACUACUUUACUAUAGCAACAGACGACCCUAUAUUACCUAUAGAGGCGUUCUUCCCACAAUUAAACCAAAAGAAGGAAUCCUAAUAUUCUAAUUAGUUUUUCAUUAAAACCAAAUUUUCUUCAAUUGCCAAAGCGUGCGGACUAUUUAUUAAAAAAAUUUAGUGAACAGUGAAUGCGUCCAAAUAAAAUUUUUACCUAUAUCUGUUUAUAAAUACGCUUUCUCAGAGGCUCUUGUACUUUACUGAUAGUUUGUAUGUAUGUCGUGUCGUCACAACAUAAUAGACCUACAAAUAUAUAGAUAAAAAA